UACUAAUUUUCAAUGAAAAUAUAUGUAAACAAGAGUAUAUCAGGGGGAAUAAAUUUAAAAGGUGUUAUGCCAGUCAGUUACGUUAAAUUAGAUGAAUUUGCAAAAGAAUUGCUAGAGUAUAUUUUUAAUCAAAAUAAUAUCGAUUACAAGGACUUGAUAAACUUAUCAAAAUGCUGUAGAAGAUUUUAUAUUGUUUGUCAGAAUGAUCAUUUAUGGAAAAAUAAAAUUUUAACAAGAUGGUCCUGUAAAUUACCUGUCACAUUGAGCUAUAGAAGUCUUUGUGAAGAGCUGCAUGUUGUUGAUAAGAAACUCAAAUUUAAAAUCUCAGUAAUAGCAAGAAAGUUUUAUGUGCCAAACACAUUUGCAGAGAACAUCAUAGAAGAAGAAUUACAAGAUUUUUUGACUGAAAAAGAUAAGAAAAUUGAUAUUCUUAUAUGUGCAUUGAUUACGCUAAAAAACUCAUGUGAAUUAGACACAAAAUAUUAUGCUGAGAAGAUUUACAAUCAUGUGUUCUACAAAAAGUUAAAACAAAAAUGGAAUGAUGCUGUUACUAACGAUUCACUGCUGAAAGGUGCUGUCUUAAUAUCAAAAUGGUGCAACCCUAAUAGUUUUGUUAGUAGAAAAACAAUAGAGAAUCAGAUUGAUGAUGUUGUUAGCCUUAUAAAAAACACAGGUGUAAAUAUUGAUGACAUUUCUCAAAAUUCUUCAUUGGAACAAGUAAUGGAACUUGUACAAGCUAUUAACUUGAUAGUUUAUAGUAAAAUGCGUUUCCAAGGAAACUCAGAUUUUUACUAUGACAUUCAUAACUCAUUUAUAGAUUUGGUCCUUCAAAGAAGAACUGGAAUCCCAAUAAGCUUAGGAGUGCUAUACAUCGUUAUUGCAAAGAAGCUUGGGUUAACAUUACAAGGGAUCCUGUGCCACAAACAAAAAACUUUUUGGUUGUUUAAAGCAUCUAAGGUGAAUUUUCCAGGUCAUUUUCUUCUUUGUGGAAAUGCAAAAAAAGAUGGAAAAGAAUUUAAAUUUUAUUUGGAUGCAUUUAAUAAUGGUGAAGUUCUCACAGAAAAUCAAUGUUUAGAGAGGUUUUUACCUGAUGUCAGUCGGUCUAAUGCGCAACGAGAAACAUUAUUUCGCAAAGCACAAACCAAAGAGAUAUUUAUCCGAAUGAUAGCAAAUGUUGUAAAUAUUCACAGACACUGGGCAAGUUUGGAUUCAAGCUCACUGGAAACGCUUCAAUCUUCACUUGAGUUAAUGCUAUUACUUUCUCCAAAUGAUGAUGAAAGUCGGUUACUGUUGUCGAGGAUAUAUCUUCAUUAUGGCAUCAACUUUAAACUUGUUGUUGAAAAUUUAAGGUACUUAAUUGCAUCUAGUCGUCGGUUUGAUUCAAAUAUUCUUGAUCAAUUGCUUCUUCAAUCAUAUGAAAAGCAAAAUUUAACUCAUAAUCAAAGAGAUCCUAAGUUAAAAAGUUCUUGUGAAAAUAAAGAUGUCUUAUAUCGCAUUGGUAUGGUGAUGAGGCAUCUAAGGUAUAAUUAUAUUUGUGUAAUAUAUGGAUGGGAUAAUGAAUGUAUUAUGAAUGAGGAGUGGAAAAUGCAGAUGGGAAUUUACAAUUUAAAACAUAAAGACAAGCAACCGUACUAUAAUGUACUUGUGGAUGAUGGAUCUACACACUAUGUUGCUCAAGAAAAUAUUGUUCAAACUAAAAUGGAAAGAGUUAUAAACCACAAAGAAAUUGGAAAGCAUUUUAAAAGGUUCAAUGGAAACUAUUAUGAAGCAACAGAAAUGCUUUUGGAACUAUUCCCAGAAGAUCAGAUGGAAGCUGAUAAACAUUUUUUUACUGAAAUGCAGGACUAGUUACCAUAACAUCAAUAAAUAAGUUUUGUAUUUU